AUGUCGGGUAGAUUUACAUGUACACCCGACCAAUUAAAAGCAAUGUUUAUUUCAACCUUACAGAAUGAUUCAUCUAUCCAAGCCGAUGUUCGACAAAUAUUAGACGCAAAUGCUAAAUUCCAGUCUCAGUUAGAUGAAAUCCAGACGUCGGUUAAUGAUCAAAAUAAACGUUUAGAUAAAUUAGAAGAACGUAUUGAAGAUCAAGAACGCUACAGUCGAUCAUUUUGUUUGCGUUUUGUCGGUUUUCAAGAGGAUAAAGGUCGACGUUGA